AAAGGUUCCUGCGGUUAAGUCCGCUCAGAGCGCUGAUACAGAGAGCGCGGCGCUGCGGGGAGAGGGGCUCGGUGUCUCGGUGUCUGGGUGUAAGUCAGCGCGGCGGUUCUCCAUGUCCUUCAUGAUGAUGAAGAAGAAGCGGUUUAAGUUCAGGGUGGAGCUGGAGCUGGAGGAGCUGGCGGCGGUGCCGGUGGUGAACGGGGUUCUGUUCUGUAAAGUCCGGCUCACAGACGGAGGAUUCACCCAGGAGUCCCCCAGGCAGCCGGUUCUAGAUAACUGUGUGCGAUGGAGGAAGCGGUUCUCCUUCCUCUGUAAGAUGAGUGCAAAUGCUGGAACUGGAGUUCUGGAUUCGUGUGUGUGCAGAGUGUCUGUAAGAAAGGAGCUUAAAGGUGGCAAGUCAUAUGCAAAGCUUGGUUUUGCGGAUCUGAAUCUGGCGGAGUUCGCUGGUUCUGGGAGCACCACCCGCCGCUGCUUGCUGGAGGGGUACGACACCAAACACACACGCCAGGACAACUCCAUCCUGAAGGUGAUUAUCAGCAUGCAGUUGAUGUGUGGUGAUCCCUGCUUCAAAACGCCUCCUUCCACAGCAAUGAGCUUUGCUUCUCCUGAAGAAGCUGAGAGUCUGCAUGAGGACCGGAGAGGAGGAGAGGCAUCAAAAACAGUGGCGGAAACCCCGGGAAAGAACCGCUCUGGCACUGUUCUUGAUGAUCUCUGGAGAUGUGGUCACUCUAGAACCUCCAGUCAUGCCAGCCAGCAGUCCAAGCUUUCAGGCUACAGCACAGGCCACUCCCUCUCCUCCAGUCUGACGGAGCUGUCCCAUAGGAGGAACAUGUCGGUGGACAGUGCCUCCAUAGGGGUGGGAAGCCUGCCAGAGACCAGCGAUGACCAUGAGUCCACCCUGAUUUACCCCACUUCCUCUGCAGCCAGCUCCCCGUCACGCUGCAGCAGAGCAGACAGAGCCAGCAGGCACCUACUGAAGCAGGAUUCAGUGGAAUCGCAGCUGAAAAGGAUGGACGCCACUAGAGUAGAUGCAGAUUACAUCGUAGAGAAGAUCUUACAGAGCCAAGAUUUCAGCCACAGUAUGCUGGACUCCAGUGCUGAGGAGGAAGGUCUACGGCUGUUCGUGGGCCCCGGAGGGAGCACAGCAUUGGGAACUCAGAACAUAAGGGUUGGUAAUGGUGCCUUUGAGCAGGUGGUCAUUCAGCGCUAGACGCAUUCUGAGCUGGACCCAGACGACGCAACAUCCUGUUCAGACAGGAAGUGACGGACAAUGUGGAAAAUGAUGUCACACCUCAGCACCUCACCCAAAGAGAGGCAGAUGUAAAGUAAACAGUGCCUCACUGUACCAAACCUCUGGACCUGAAUCAGCUGGAACGCUGCUCCCUCCUGUGGCUGAUCAUGUCCAUGGCAUGAGUUUCAGGUCACUGUUAACGGGUUCCAGUUGUGUGUUGUUCAUUUGUUUGAUCAUUGAAUCCACAGUUUAUCAGUAUUAGAAAUUCACUUUGAACAAGUAAUAUGUUAUUAGUACUAUAAAAAAAAACCUUUAAAAUGGCAAAGUUAUAUUUCAUAUGAAAUAUGUACCACUAUUUUUGAUUGACAAUAUAUGAAGUUCAUAUAUUGAGUAUAUGAUGUACAGCUCUGGAAAAAAUUAAGAGACCACUUUUGAUUUAGCUAUUUAUAGGUUUAUGUUUGAGUAAAAUGAACAUUGUUGAUUUAUUUUAUAAACUACAGACAACAUUUCUCCCGAAUUCCAAAUAAAAAUAUUCUCAUUUAUUUGCAGAGUUUUCAGGCCUCAAAUAAUGCAAAGAAAGUUUUAAAACUUCAGAAAUCAAUAUUUGGUGGAAUAAUCCUGAUUUAUUACAGUUUUUUUUUCAUGCAUCAUGGCAUCCUGUUCUCCUCCUCCACCAGUCUUACACACUGCUUUUGGAUAACUUUAUGCUGCUUUACUCCUGGUGCAAAAAUUCAAGCAGUUCAGUUUGGUGGUUUGAUGGUUUGUGAUCAUCCAUCUUCCUCUUGAUUAUAUUCCAGAGGUUUUCAAUUUGGUAAAAUCAAAGAAACUCAUCAUUUUUAACUGGUCUCUUAUUUUUUAACAGAGCUGUAUAUGGCACAAUUUGCAAAAGUGCCAAAUCUGGUUUUGCAAACAAACUCUUUAUAUCAUCCCAGAAAUAAUUGCAGUAAACAAUAUAAUUGAUAUUUUAAGACUAUUUUAUGGCACUAAUAUAUUGAUAUAAUAUCAAAUCAAAUCAAAUCAUUUUAAAAACAAUAAACUAUAAUAAUAGUUGUGUACAACUAUAAGGACAGGCCCAGUGGGCAUUUUUGAGAUCUGCAAAAAUGAGGUAAUUUUAAUGUAUUGUAUAAACAUAUAAGUAUGAUAACAUUUAUUUUAAUAUCAUUUUAAUAUUAGUUAUUUCAAUACACCUUUACAUGUACCGAACUACAUUCAAAUCAAAUGUAGUAGUAAAUGUAAUAGCAUGGAAAAAGUAAAAUUUUCAGGGUUACAUUUCCAUACAAUAUUAUAUUUUGCACAUUAGUAUUGCAUUUUUGUACUUAUAUUAAUAUUUUACUUAUUCAGAUUAAAUUUCUUGUGUGGAUAGAAAGCUUUACAGCUGGUCUGUAAAAUGGUUUAAAUCAUAUAUUUGUAUAAAACUUAUGCAAGUUUGAUGGAAACGUUGUAUUUUCACUACUUUUUUUAAAGGCCAAUCUUCCAGGUUUUGAUUAACUGAAGUUAAGAAUGGAUGUUACUGUUUAUUAUAUUUAAAAAGGCUUUUCAAAGCAGUUUCUAUGUGUUUUAGGGGUUCCUAUUACUGCUAUUGUUCUGACAGCUUGGUUGUUUUUAAUUUCUUACUGAAAUUGUAUCUUCACUGUUCUUUUAGUUACAGCUGUUAAAUGAAGACUGUGUGUAAAUACAGUCAUGUUUUUUUAUUUUCUUUAUUUUAUUUUUGUACCAGAAUCCUGCAGGCUAAAAAUGUUUUAAGUGUAUUCUGUCCAGUGGACACAAGACAGUAAAGAUUUGAAAAAAAAAGUCCGACCUCUUAUACACUCAAUGCUUUUUUUUUCCUUUUAAACAUCAUUUAAUAUUUAAUGCAAACAUUAGAUUUUUGCGUUGAAUCAAUAUACUGUCCUCAACCUUCUGCCUUUUGAAUUAGCAUUUUACAUUUCAUCACAAUAUAAUUUUAAAAAAAAAUGGUUGGAUGGAGGAAUAAAAAAGUGGUUUUAUUCCAUUUGCAGUAACUGCUUUUUAAUUUGGCACCAACUCUUCACCAUACCAGGGGGAAUGUUUAUGUUCUAUUUGUUUUACUGUGUUUUUGAGAUCAGAUGUUAAAUCUGAUUGGUAGUGGUGGGUAACAUUCUUUAUACUCCGCUUUACUACAGUGAUGUAAGUUUAUUAUUCUUAUUAUUAUUCCUUCUUCUUAGAAAUUUAUAUUCAGAGA